AACGUAAGGACUUUCAAAUUUGCUAAAACUACUCCAAAACUCACCCAAUUGCCUCGGGAAUUACGCUACUCAUCCCAGCAAGUCAUUAAUAUCAAGAUGAAGCUACGAGAGGGGUAAUUUGGGGAAAAAGAGUCAAAAAGCAUAAAACGACUGAGUAGGUUGUCAUACAUAAGUGAUAGAAGUCAUUUUCCUUAUAAUUGAAAACGUUUUCUUGAAAAAUACGUUUAAGUAACUAAAAACUAAAAAAUAAUUGAUCAAAAAGAUUGCCCUCCAUAAUAAAUCCCUAAAACGAAAAGAAGAAAAAAGACAAAAGUGUAACCCUGUCUUGACUCAAUAAAAAAAAAAUAGGGCUAAUAAAAAUUAUAUGUAUAUUGUCAACACUCAACAUGCUCACUAGCCUAUAUAAAUAGCCUUCAAAGGGAAAGAGAACAUCACACUAAAGCUUCAAUAAAAAAAAACUACCGAAAAGUAAGUAUUUCACUGAUAUAUUCAGCCUUUCUGUUACAUUAUUUAAUUCUUGUAUCUCCUCGUUAUCUAUGACGAAGAAAAUUCUCAAACUAACACUGAAGAAAUAGAUAAUCAAUGGCGGCUCCUUCUUAUGGUAUGAAAGAAGAAGUUCGUGUGAUGCUAGUUGAUCAUGACAAAGAGUUUGUUAAUGAGAUGGUUGAUUUGCUAAAGUCAUGCAUAUAAAGUUGUAUGUGAUGAACACAAUUCAUUCUUGGCAAAGAAGGCUUUGAAUGCCGGUGCUUACCAUUACCUGAAAAGCCAAUUCACGAGGAAAUUGUGAAAUACUUAUGGCAAUUUGUAUUGUGGAAAACAAAUCAAAAGAAAAAAAUGAGAGAAGGAUUAGAAGAAAAAGGAGAGCAGGUGAAUGUUAUUAGUGAUCCUGAUGAUAUUGGUAACAAUAGUAUUGUUGGAGAUGAAGAACAAGCCGCAGAGAAGAAUGUGCCUAAUACUGAGGAACAUAGCAAUAAUACUCAUGAGGCUGAAAAAAAUAUCGUAUCGAAUGUAAAAUACAAGUUAAGGAGGAAGAGAGGUAGAAAAAAACACAAAAGAGACUAAUGAGGAGAGAGCCAGAGCAGUGCUAAUAAUGCCGUUGGACAAAUGGUCUGCAUAGAAUGGACUAUAGAUCUUCAUACUAAAUUCAUGGAAGUUAUGCAACAACUUGGUGAAGGGAGAUGUUUUCCAAAAGAUAUUCUUAAGGUGAUGAAAGUGUCUAGUCUUACCAAGAUGCAAGUUGCAAGCCAUCUUCAGAAAUGUCGUAACAACAACUGGAGAGCUCCAAAAGAGCGGAAGCUUAUUUGUCACCCAUCAGGUCAAGGAUUCUCAAGUGGUUCUCAACAAAGAUGUAGCUUUAAAAAUUUUGGGACAACGCCCCGUCUUCAAACAAAUGUUUCAAAUCUGCAACAACAGCAACCUAACCCAGAUCAAACCCAAGGUAGCCCAAAGUUUCCAAUUUCACAAGUUAAUGCCAAUAAUAUUUGUGUUAGAGGAGAGAGUUCAACUCAUAAGCAAUUCUAUCGUCCUCAACUUUCGGUUCAACCCCACAACCCUAACAUUGGCAGCUCAUUCAGUAACACAUUUUUGUCGGUCCAAAAUAAUGUUGUUGGUGGGACACAACAACAACAUGGAUCAUUAUUUGGAAUCCUGGAUUCACAAGGACUAUAAGGCCCAACUAUUGGGAGCACUAGUUCUAGGCCAGAGCUGACGUUUAUCAGUAGGGAUCAUCAUACUCAAAACGACUAUGACAUGGACCUCAAUGUGCCUUAUGACUUAGACCUCAAUGUGCCCUAUGUAACAACAAAUUCAGGUAGCGCAAUAAUGUCUGACACAGACAUUGAAAAUGCGUCGAGUAAUGAAUUAGGCGCAGGAAAUGCUAAUUUCCUGCAAUAUAUUGGUGAACCAAGCAUGUCUGAUUCAAUUAAUAUUAUCACGACAUCACAUGCGAAUGAUAUUGAAGGAAGUGAU